AUGGCCGACGAGGAGGAGCGCAUCAAGGCUGAGAAGCUCGCCGCCGCCAAGAAAAGGGUGGCCCAGCUCCAGAAGCAAAAGAAGAAGGCCAGCAAGAAGGCCUCGACCGCCACAGAUACACCCAAAGAUGCCGAAGCUCCCAAAGAAUCCGAGGCUACCACAGAGCCUGCGGCUACUAUGGGUAUUACCCCUCCCGUAGAAGAUACCCCCGCCGAUGAGAAGCCUCAAGAGGAGACCCUACCAGACGCCGCGACCCCGGAACAACCAGCAGAGCUAGAAUCACAAGAAAAACCAAGUGAACCAUCCGAACCUGUCGAGUCUCCUGUCGAGCCCAUGCCCCCCGCUCCCACCUCUCCUGAUCCAGAGGCCGAGCCGCAGCCUGCACGUCUGGAUACCCCUCGCGCCGGGCACGGCCGCCAGCCGUCCCUGUCCAUUCAGUCGAAGAUGCGCUCGUCAUCGUUCCGCAAGACCUCUAUAUCCCAGGGUAGCGCUCCAUCUCCAGCGGCUCUCAAGUCCCCACCACAGUCCCUACCUCCCUUGACCGGGGACGGGGAGUCUGUCCACGAAGUGUUUCGGAAGCAGUCGACGAAGAUCGAAGAACUGGAGAAGGAUAAUAAGAGGCUGGAGAAGGAGCUUUCAGAUGCAACGGUUCGCUGGCGCAAAACAGAGGACCAGCUAGAGGAUCUGCGGGAGGCUAGUGUGGAUGGGGCGGAGUUGAGGGAGCAAUUGAAGCAGGCUGAGGAGAAGGUUGCUAGUAUUGAGGCUUUGAAAGAGGAGAUCGCCUCGCUACAACGGCAGAACUCACAGCUUCAGUCCCGGUCAAACCGCAAUAAUGCGAGUAUCUCUGUACCAGGGCCGUCAGAAUCACCGCCCGCAGAUCUUGUGCGCCAGUUGGAAUCCAAGUCUGCCACUAUCGAGUCUAUGGAACUGGAGAUCUCUAACUUGCGCGCACAAAUUACUUCGCAGACAUCUUCGAACAGCGCGCAUGAGGAUCAGGUGGCUGCCCUAGAAGAGGAAAUAUCGGAGAGUAAGGCUGCCCUUGAGAAGUCACAGCGUGAGCUCAAUGACACAAAGCAAGCCCUCACUCGUGCCUCCGAAAAAGCUGUCAAAGAAGGCGUGGACAAGACAUCUACCGAAACCCUCAUCAAAUCACUACAGCGCGAAGUCGAAGAGCUGAAGAAUGAAAAGAUCGAGAGUGAAAAGAAGAUCGAAACCCUAGACAAGAAACUCCAAGCAUUGGGUAACCUACACAAAGAAUCAGAAGCUCGACACCAGACCAGGCUACGCGAGAGCGAAAAAGCAGAGAAAGAAACCGCAGUCCUACGGAAGAAGCUCGCCAGCAUUGAAAACGAGAACCUCCGUCUCCGCGAAGAGCGUGAUCGCAUGCGCAAGCGUGACGCCGGCGGCGCAGACGACGAGGCCCUCGACGAGCUCGAAGACGAAGAGCGCCAGCGUCUUGAGCGGCGGAUCCGCGAGUUAGAAGGCGAAAACUUCGAUCUGCGUCGCGGUGUCUGGCAGGACAAACGCUCAGAACUGGCUGGCCAGGGACACUCCGACGAAGGACCAGAUUCUGCAGGUGACGCUGGUGCCAACGCCUUCGACGACGUCGACCUAGUCGGCGGGAGACCCGAUCACUCCCGCCGUCGGAGCAUGGCCCUACAGCAACAGCAGCAGCACUCGUCAUUCUCAGAUGUAUUGUCUAGUGGCUUCGCGGCAUUCACGGGAGGUAAUCGCGCGCGCGCUGGCUCGUCGAACCCACCACACCCCCACGGCCCAGCUACACGCGGUAGUCUUGAACUCUUGUCCGAAGAGAAUCUGGAAGAGGAAUUCGAUGAGGCGGAGUUUGCGCGCGCCCAGGCUGAAGAAGAGGCUCGCAAGCGGGUGGAGUGGGUGCGUGGGAUUAAGGGCAAGUUGCGUGACUGGCAGGGUUGGCGUUUGGAUUUGGUUGAUAGUCGAGCUGGGGCUGAGGGUCCUGGCUUGGCUUUGGGGCAGAUCUUUGAGGUUUGA